ACAAACUGUCACUUAGCAAAUUCACAUUGGCUUGAUUGGGCGGAGUUGGGCUACACCACACCGCAGUCCGGUAAAAAAUCGAUUUAAUAAAUCAGUCGUGUUCUGAAAAUUAUUUAAUUACUAACAAAAAUAGCGAACAUGUCUCAAGCAUUCACUAAGAGCGGCGACAAAGGUCAUGAUGAGAAAAUCCUGAUGCCUUACACAUACAUCCUGCAAGUGCCGGGCAAGCAGAUCCGGACUAAGCUCACCUGUGCAUUCAACAACUGGCUCAACAUCUCCGAUGAAAAGCUCAAGGCCGUUGGAGAGAUUGUUCAGAUGCUGCACAACUCUAGCUUACUGGUAGAUGACAUACAAGACAACUCAAUACUGCGACGAGGGAUCCCCGUAGCGCAUUCCAUCUACGGUGUGGCUAGCACGAUCAACGCCGCCAACUAUGUCAUGAUCAUAGCGCUCGAGAAGACUUUGGAGUUAGGGCAUCCGAUGGCAACGGCAGUGUAUACAGAGCAGCUUCUAGAACUGCACAGAGGGCAAGGCAUGGAGAUCUACUGGAGAGACAACUUCCGCUGUCCUUCGGAAGAGGAAUAUAAGGAGAUGACCGUCAAAAAAACCGGUGGCCUCUUCAUGCUGGCUAUCCGUCUCAUGCAACUGUUCAGCGACAACAAGGCAGACUUCAGCAAAUUAUCCGCCAUCUUGGGGCUGUACUUCCAGAUUCGAGACGACUACUGCAACCUUUGUCUACAAGAGUACUCUGAGAACAAGAGUUUCUGCGAGGACCUGACGGAGGGCAAGUUCAGCUUCCCCAUCAUCCACGCCAUCCACAACCAAGACGGCGACAACCAAGUACUUCAUAUUCUACGGCAACGCACUCGAGACGUCGAGGUGAAGCGAUACUGCAUCGCCCUGCUCGAGCGGCUCGGCAGCUUUAGGUACACGCGCGACACGCUAGCACGACUCGACGCCGCCGCUAGAGAAGAGGUGGCCCGCCUGGGUGGUAACCAAGACUUAGAAAACCUGCUAGACGAGCUACUCAGCUGGCAGCGGCCCGAAGACGACUAAACAAACGUAGGCCCACCACGGUUACUGCUGAAUCAUACAGUACACCAGUGGCGUGAGAGCGCUUUGACUUUUUUACGGUCCGAUAUCGGAUGUAGGAAGGAUGUCAAAGGCAAAAAUCAAAGAUGACGCCUUUAAAGAAUAGGAUAUCGUUCUACACGUUAAACUUUCGUGAGACAUAUUCAAAUGAUUAAUGAAUCUACGGUUGUACUCAUGUUAUUAUAUAGCUAUUGCUGCGACAUGUUUUGGGCCAAUUCGGAGGCCCCUCUUCAGGCAUACAGGAGUUCACGCGACGGCUAAACUCUGUGAACUGUACUUAGCCCUCGCGUGAACUCUUAUAUGCCUGAAGAGGGGCCUCCGAAUUGGCCCGAAACAUGUCGCUGCAAUAGCGAUAUAAUAACGUGAGUACAACCAUAGAUUAAUUAAUGAUUUAGGAUAUCGUUCCUACAUCCGAUAUCGGAUCGGAUAAUGUGAAAACGGACUUACGCCAGUGACGUAGCAGUUUUGAUGGCGGCAUAAUCGUGGUUGUUCAAUUUGGAGGUUUUGACAAUCGAGAUUUAAAUCAUUGAUGAUUCAAGUCCAAUGACGAAUUUCUGUUGCGUUAAACGUUUGUAAUAUGAAUUUCAUAAAUAGAUAUCGACGGUACAGUCACCAGUAAUAAAAGCCCGCAAAAAGCGAUCUUAUACUUAGGGCCAGUUGCAUCAACUACAUUUGACAGACACGUCAUCCUCACGCAGUCUAUGGAACUUCUACAAUAAAAUUUUACAAACUUUAACGGUGACAGACGGUUUGAAGCAAUUGGCCCUUAGAGCAGUAAGAGCGCGUCUCAUAUUUUUUCGGUUUUCGAAGACUAACAUAAUUUACUAAGUAAUAAAACUUUUUGGUUUAUAAUAUACGAGUACAUAUGUAUAGAUAAAAAUUACAGAAGAAAGAUUUUAAAGCAACAUACACAUUUGAAAGUUUAGCUUUCGAAUGCGUUAUGAAAUUAUUAUUACGAUUAUCAUUUUGAUUGUCAAAAUCUUCUAUUAUAUUUAUGUUUGCGCGCUCACUUAACAAAUUCCUGUACUUAUAGUUUGAAUAUAGCUAUUAUAUUAUAUGUUGGUGCGUCAGCUGUUGGCUGCAUGUACAUCACUUCUAUUCACCUGUAAUUUAAAAGGCGAAAUUAUAGAGUAUUACAAUAAGUUUUUAGCAUUGUAUUAGCGAUUGUGUGUUUGAUUAUACUUUCGCUCAUCUACGUAAUUUAGGUACUUAUUUAAAGUUAUUUUCAUAAAAUAAUUAUGCAAUACGUUAGUAGCUUGUUCUUUUCAGUUAUUAAAUGACAAAAAAAUGCAUCUAACACAUGAUUAAUUACAUUAUUGCAAAAUUUUAUGGAUAGAAUAUUUCAGGUUACUUAAUUCACUGAAGUGUUUAGUAACAUUUGUUUUAGUAGAUAUAUUAAAUAUAUUACUUAAGUGAAGUUGACCAAAUAUCGUGCCAGUCAUAGUUAGGUACAAUCAAUUAAUCCAAGCAGAUUGAUAGUGACAAUAACUAAUACAAAACCUUUGUUUUACUCUGGUCACGUUUGGCUACCACUCGAAAUGCGUUCAUAAUGAGGAGGCACACUGACAUUUUAUCCCGCCAGGCGGCGCCUGUGCAGGUAACUAUCUAGGCAUGUCACUGACAUUCAUAUGUGAGAGAGAGAAAAAACAUAUCAUCUUCUCGCUCUCACGUAUGGAUUAAUAGGGUGGCGCCAUCUGUCAUAACCUUUGAACGUGCCUCCUCAUUACCUACGAUAUCUUGUAUUUCAAAUAUUAGCACGCCAAUAAUUAUUUUUUUUAAUUUUGUGCUCGAAAUAUGAAAAGUACAAUAUGGCAAUCUACCUAUAAAUAUAUGGUCAUGACGUUAUCGCUCGACGCAUAGCUUUAUGUAUGUGUUUUGUAGUACGAAUUUUCGAUUGGAGUGUUGGUAGCGUGCAAUUUAAUUUUUAAAUAUUUUACAAAUGUCUAUAAUUGUUGUUUUGAUUAUAAAUAUUAUAAUAUAUCAUUAAGAUUACGUACUAACUUAAAUCCAACACAACAUCCCAUUAUGUUAUUUUCAACAUAAAAACGUGUUGUGAAAUGCAAGAUCUCUGCAAUCAUAGGUGUAAAUAAUAGUAUGUAUGAUUUUGAAGCUUCAUUAAUGAUUAAUUAAUUACAAAGCUAUCAAAGAAGUUAUCAUUAUUUUUUUGUUCUUUAAAUUAACCAAGUUAUAAAAUUAAUAGGAAACCUUCGGUUCAAUAGAGGUUUGGUUUAAUAAUUUUGCUGUUUGUGGAUAACUUAUAGCUGAUCUGUUUCUAAAGAUAAACAAAUUAAAGUAAUAGGGUAAAACUAUUCUAUUAUCGAACUCAUUCAAUGAUCAGCAACGGUAAUCUUCCUCCAAAAGUAGGUUCAGUUAUGAGAUGCCUUACCCUAUUACUAUAUAAUUUAAUCACUACCAUAGAGGAAUAUGUAAGGGAAGACUUCAUACAUCAGUAAAUUUCAUUUCAUUUAUUUAUUUUGCGACCAACAUAGGAUCAUAAUUAUAUUAUUAAAAUUAGAAUACAUUAAAUUAAUUAAAUAAAUGCGAGUUAUUUGUAGUGACAUCUAGCGACAAUCACGCGUCAAAGUUAUUACAAAUAACUCGCAUUUACAACUCUUUCCUUACUUCUCCUCUAUGGUCACUACUACACCUCAUCAUUCGUACUAAUAUUAUAAAUGGGAAAGUGUGUGUGUCUGUUUGUUUGUCCGUCUUUCACGGCUAAACGGAGCGACGAAUUGACGUGAUUUUUUAAGUGGAGAUAGUUGAAGGGAUGGAGAGUGACAUAGGCUACUUUUUGUCUCUUUCUAACGCGAGUGAAGCCGCGGGAAAAAGCUAGUAGUUUAUAUGCGUACGAGUAUAGGCCCUCGGCAACUGUAACGUUUUAACAUCGCUUGAUGGAAGGUGAUCUUUAUGAAAGUUCGAGUGGUUGUUUUCUAUCAUGGUAGCCUAGCGGUAAGUACGUGCGACUUUCGUUCCGGAGGUCGCGGGUUCGAACCCCGGCUCGCACCAAUGAGUUUUUCGGAAUUUAUGUGCGAAAUGUCAUUUGACAUUUGCCAGUCGCUUAA